AUGCCGUGCACCUGCGGGAACUGGCGGCGGUGGAUCCGGCCGCUGGUGGUGCUGCUGUACAUCGUGGGGCUGCUGGUGGUGGUGCCGCUCUGCGUCUGGGAGCUGCAGAAGCUGGAGGUUGGAAUUCAUACCAAGGCAUGGUUCAUCGCUGGGAUAUUUCUACUAAUGACUAUACCAAUAUCUCUCUGGGGAAUUCUACAGCACUUGGUCCAUUAUACUCAACCUGAAUUACAGAAACCAAUAAUAAGGAUUCUAUGGAUGGUGCCGAUUUACAGUUUAGACAGUUGGAUAGCUUUGAAAUACCCCAACAUUGCAAUAUAUGUGGAUACAUGUCGAGAAUGCUAUGAAGCUUAUGUCAUCUAUAACUUUAUGGUUUUUCUUUCAAAUUAUCUAACCAACCGGUAUCCAAACCUCGUAUUAAUAAUAGAAGCGAAAGAUCAGCAGAGACAUCUGCCGCCUCUAUGUUGUUGUCCGUCGUGGGCUAUGGGAGAAGUUUUAUUAUUUAGAUGUAAACUGGGUGUUUUGCAGUACACUGUUGUCAGACCAUUUACUACCAUUAUUGCUUUAAUUUGUGAACUAGUGGGGGUGUAUGAUGAAGGAAACUUCAGCUUCAACAAUGCUUGGACUUACUUGGUUAUACUUAACAACAUGUCACAGCUAUUUGCUAUGUAUUGUCUGGUGCUGUUUUAUAAAGUACUACGUGAAGAACUGAACCCCAUCCAACCUGUUGGCAAGUUCCUUUGUGUGAAGAUGGUAGUUUUUGUUUCUUUCUGGCAAGCUGUGCUUAUUGCAUUGUUGGUGAAAGUUGGCGUUAUUUCUGAGAAACACACCUGGGAAUGGCAAAGUGUGGAAGCUGUGGCUACGGGUCUACAGGAUUUUAUCAUUUGUGUUGAGAUGUUCCUGGCUGCUAUCGCACAUCACUACAGUUUUUCCUAUAAACCCUAUGUUCAAGAAGCUGAAGAAGGGUCGUGCUUCGACUCUUUUCUUGCAAUGUGGGAUAUUUCUGAUAUAAGGGCAGAUAUAUCAGAACAGGUUCGAAAUGUUGGAAGGACAGUUUUGGGCCAGCCAAGGAAAAUGUUUUUUGCUGAGGAUCAUGAACAAAACGAGCAUACAAGUUUACUGUCUUCAUCUACUCAAGACCCAAUUUCUGAUGCUUCUUCAAUGCCGUCUUCACCCAUGGGUCAUUAUCAGGGGUUUGGACACACUGUGACACCUCUCACAACACCGACGACAGCCCCUGCAGUUGAUGGUAUUUAUAACACUUUGGCUGUUCGAGAUGCUGAGGAGUCACCCCAACUAGAGCCUUGGAAAAGCUCCUGCGCAGAGAGGAAGAGAAUAUGGCUCUAACCGACACCUGAAUUCUGGAUCUAUGAUGGAUGUGAGUAUCCGCGAGUACCCCAUGAAUAUAAACCACGCACACUGGAAAGGUUUCUGCAUAAAUUUAAGAAUCAACUUCUUAAACUGCUAAACACUUACACGUUGUGUCAAAAUUACACUGACUUUCAUUAAUACAAAAGAAACAUUUGAAAAAAUACUCUGCUCUUCUAAAGAUGAUGUGUAAGUACUACUAGCAAUGGGAAAACUUAAUUUCAAGAAUGUAAUGUAAGGAGGGCAGUAGCAAAAAGUGUUUGGAUUAGCUUUGUUUGUCAUCUUAACGAUGGUAACUUCUGUACCCCGAUGCUGAACGGAGUGUGGACAAAAUGGUAACUUCUAUACAGCUGCCGUCUUCUUCCCUUCCCUGCAUAGCUCAGUAAAACCCCUUCAUGAAGACAACUAUUACGGAGCAUCAGUAAAGAAUCUAUACAAAGCAAGCAUUCCCUACAGGCCUCACUAUAAAAUUCCAUGCCCAGAACAUAUGGUUGGUGUAUCUGUUGUUCUUGUAGCUCAUAAUUUGUAACUCUUUUACAUUCAGAAGAGACAGCCAGGAUGAUAGGUUUUGGAUUAAUACUUUACACUUGACUACUUUUUUCCUAUCCUCCUAAAAUAAGAAUAAGGGUUGCUACCUUACAAGACAAAGAGGGGGUGGAAUAAAGGAUGUCAAAAAGGGAGUAGAAAACAAAACUGUUUUUUUUUAUUUUGAGCUGCAAUAAAUUCUUUAACACUUAAAUUUUUUUAAGCUGUUAAAGCAGGAUAUCUUGACAAUGUGUCUGUGGCAAUUUGUAUUCAUAAAUUUGUGUGUGUGAUUAUUGUAUUAUGCUUCUAGUAUAGCCUGGAUUCAAAUGUAAUAGUUGAUUUCCCACCACCACCACCUCAGAAAAGACCUUUGCUAAGGUAAAACUAAGUAGCUAGUCUAAUACUGGAGUUACUACUGGCAUUAGGUUUCAGACCAAGGAGUAGUACACUUGCAUAAAAAUGUUAUUUUGCAAAAACUGACAAAAUCAGAGGGGCAUUGUUUUUAUCCCAUUGCCAGAUUUUUACUGCUAUUGCAUGUUUGCAAUCUGAGAAAAAAACCCCAACCCUAGAGCACUGACCUUUUAAGUGACAUCUGAAGUUUCUUUUUCAGCAUUGUUAGCAUUUAAAUGUUUAACUUCUGGCUGUCACAGUAAAUUCAUCUUAAGUGCUUUUCUUGCAGUACUAGUGUGAUGUAAAUAUUGCGCCUUACUCACUAGGCUGCCUCUUUUAUAGUUGACUGUGUACUUGCUGUAGCUGAAGUUAGUGGGAAAGUGCAAAUCAUCAUUUUCAAUUUGCCAAGUCAUUGCCUUUGUUGUAAAUAAGCAAUUAAAG